CCCCAAAAAAAAAAAAAAAACGAUAUAAGGCACGUGCCAAUCCUCCUGUUCGACUCUCUCACCUUUCUGUGCUCUCAUGGCUUCAACGACGAGCAUGCUUUGUCCUUUCUCAGCGGUUCAACCGAACUCUCUCUCCCUCUCCAAGAAGACUAUGCCUAUUCUUUCUUCUUCCGCUCCUUCUCUAUCAUCCACAUUCGUCGCCGCAAGCUCACCUAGGGUUUAUCCAUCAACGUCUUCUUCUUCUUCUUCGUUUUAUUCUCACUCAAAGCUUGGCUGGAUUCCUCUGCGAUCCGCUGCUCUGAGUCUUGCUUGUUCUUGCUCACUUAACUCACUGAAGGUUAUAGCAAAGGAGGAAGUGUUUUCUGGCAAGAACUCUCAGUAUAAUAUGGCUAGUUCGGUUUCUUCGCGAGUAUUUCUAAAUGCUCGCACUGAGGAAGAACUUCUGUCAAGAAUCAAGAAAGAAGUAGAAGUAGGAUCUCUGCCUUCUAAUGUUGCUGCUGGAAUGGAGGAAUUGUACCAGAACUAUAAAAGUGCAAUUAUGAAAAGUGGCCAUCCAAGGGCAGAUGAGAUUGUAUUGUCAAACAUGACUAUUGCAUUGGAUCGCAUAUUUUUGGAUGUAGAGGAUCCUUUUGUCUUUGAACCACACCACAAGGCAAAGCGAGAUCCUUUUGACUACUAUACGUUUGGUCAAAAUUAUAUACGUCCUUUAAUUGAUUUCAGAAAUUCCUAUGUUGGCAACAUUUCCCUUUUCUACGAAAUAGAAGAGAAACUUAAGCAGGGACACAAUAUCAUCUUAGUAUCAAAUCACCAAACUGAAGCUGAUCCAGCUGUAAUUGCGCUGCUUCUUGAAACAGCCUGCCCAUAUAUUGCCGAAAGCAUGACCUAUGUUGCAGGAGAUAGAGUUGUAACAGAUCCCUUAUGCAAACCCUUUAGUAUCGGCAGGAAUCUUAUCUGUGUUUACUCUAAAAAGCACAUGCUCGAUAUUCCAGAACUUGUAGAGAUGAAAAGAAAGGCAAAUACAAGAAGCCUGAAGGAAAUGGCUGUGCUUUUAAGGGGUGGAUCACAGAUAGUCUGGAUUGCACCAAGUGGUGGUAGGGAUAGACCAGAUCCCCUAACAGGAGAAUGGCUACCUGCACCAUUUGAUUCUUCUUCAGUGGACAAUAUGAGAAGGCUUGCUGAAAAUUCUGGUCAACUGGGUCAUAUUUAUCCUUUGGUACUAUUGUGCCAUGAUAUCAUGCCCCCUCCCCAACAGGUGGAAAAAGAAAUUGGAGAGAAAAGAAUUAUCUCCUUUCAUGGAGUUGGAUUAUCAGUGGCUCCAGCAAUAAGCUUUUCUGAAGCCACCAUUGCUUGUGAAAGCCCAGAAGAGAGUAAGGAGGUUUAUACACAGGCACUUUAUGAUUCUGUAACUGAGCAAUAUGCUGUACUGAAAUCUGCCAUACAUGGCGGGAAAGGUUUAGUGGCAUCAAUUCCGAAUGUGUCUCUGUCACAGCCAUGGAUUUAAUUCAAAGCUGUGUCUUUUUCAAUCUCCUUUGUUUUGAUGAUCAGGUACAUUUCUUUCUUUGUUUUUUUUUUAUUUUUUAUUUUGUUAUAAGAUCAAGCACAUUUCUAAUUUUUAAAUUUAGUGGACCGCUAUAGAAUUUUGAACUAUUUAUACAUCUAAAAGCCUAUGGUCAGAAUCAGCAUCUUUUCUCAUGCUGGGAUUAUAUAUUUAUCCAUAGGCUUAGGGUCCUGUUGGUGAUGAUUAGAAGGCAGCUCGCCUUUAGAGCUGCACAGUUUCCACCAUCCUUCAUUUUUAAUUUUGUGUGUGAUUAGUUCCUUGGAGUGUUUUAAGACAUGCUUUCUGUUCUUGUGACGGUGCUCCUCCAAGGGGAAAAGGUUCGUUAGAAGCUAUAACUAACCUGAAAAUGGGGUUUUUAGCAGUGGAGUUGUCAGAGAUAAAUUGCUUUUGAAUUGAUUUGCUGGUGUUUAAUGAACCAUAGAGAUCGGUUCACGGCUUGAAACAAUAGAAUUUUCAUUGAAUGAUGUUCUUAAAACUUAUCUGCAUCUUACCGUAUGGUUGCUUUUAUAGUUUACUUGAAAUCGAAUUGUGGGAUGAGGUGUAGACUAAGAGUUCAAACUCUCUUUUGAUGUAAUAUCUUUAGAAAAACAAUUGAAGAGUUCUUGUACUGAUCCGAUUACAUGGCUGAAGGCUGUACAUCUCUUCCUUUUGCUUUCGGAUGCAAGUGACAAGACAUCGGUUUUGCAAUUCAACUAAUGCACUUCAACACUUCUUUUCCACGCCCAUCGGAUGGGUUCAGUGGAAUUGCGGUUCAAUAAAUUCUUUUUUGCAUAUUUAUAGCGGAAUCGAUCAAAAUGUUUUGCAUGAGCAAGGUUCAGGUUAAGCUGCUUACUGUACAGCUCCCUCUUAGUUCCGAGUAAAGUCCUUUCCAUCGGCAUAAAAAUUUUAUAUGUAAUUUCAUUCUUUUACUUGCAGUUUUGUAUUAGGCUCUCAUUUCCCUGGUUGAAUAGUUAAACGUUCAUAAUUUUGCAAAUGUAAUUUCAAAUAUUUAUGUAACAGAA